CGGGAUUUUAUCAAAAUUGUUAAAUAAAGUAUUUAAAAAAUGUCUUAAAAAAGGCAUCUUUAAGGCGUCCUAAAGAUAAAAAUUAGAAGUAGUCUGCUUUUUUCUAAUGUCUGAAGCUAGUGAACGGUAUUCUCUCCCACAUGCUGCUUGCGUCUCAAAUCUGGCGUCACUUCUCCCAAUACUGGGAGGAACCCACGCCACGGCUUGAUGCGCAUGUCGCAAAGCUGUCACUCGUGAACAAUCCUAAAUAGAGUAAUAUCAGGUUAAGUUUAAUAUACAGGGUGUCCCGAAAGUCCGGCCUUAAUAACAACUAAAGAUUAGAAGUAGCAAGAUUCUAAUAAAACUUUAAACACUAUAAAAAUACACAUAGCAACAAGUAACUUGGUUAUUUUCAAAACAAAGAUGUCUGUGACAGAAGAGAGGAUACAAGAGCUAAAUCGGCUCUUCUUGGAUUUUAUGAGCAAACCAGAGAAUGUGGAGGUAGCCACAAAAGAGAUCUAUGAAGAUUUGCUAGAUGAAGUAUUAAUGGGUUUUGUUUUUGAUGUGCAUCGCACCACUAAGACAGGUAGUUCUGAUGUCGAAGAAGGCAUCCCAGAUGAUGAAUCUUAUGCCAUUGUCGAUUCGCCCGGACUGGAUGUCUUUGGCCAGCAUCCAGUGAAAAAGUCACAGGAAUGCACUUGUCCGAAUUGUGAGCGUGGUGUGGCUGCAUGCAGAUUUGCUACCCACCUGGAGAAGUGCAUGGGUAUGGGCAGGAAUAGUUCGCGCAUUGCAUCGCUUCGUAUUGCCAACAAUUCCAAGGAUCUGAAUAACUACGGCGGCAUGUUAAGCGACGACGACGACGACGUGGAUUGGAGCAUGACCAACGACAGCGGUAACAAGCGCAAACGUCCUCGUAAGGAUCGCAACGGUAUGAAUAAACGCUCGGGCAAGCAGCAGAAGCAACAGGGAAGUGUCGCCGGUAGCAGCGGUAGCGGUAGCAGUUCGCAGAGGAACGGCGAGACAGCUGGCAUUGUUGGCAGCAGCGGCACUGGCGAACACAGCGUACAUAGCAGCAACGAGAACUCACCGUCAAACUACGAGAACAUGUCGAUUAUGGAUAAGCGAGCGCUGCUCAUGCAAAUUUGUGGUGUUGUAUCCGAACACACGAAGAAAGUGUGCACCAGGUCGGUGCGAUGUCCGCAGCACACCGACGAUCAGCGCAAGGAGAUACGCGCUAAUUUAGAAUCCAGCAGUAAUGGCCAGGACAAUCUUCAAGUCGACGUAGACACGUAUGAGGAAAGCGACGGUCAGAAUCUACGAGAUGCGUUGGCACGAUGGGAUCGAGAGGGUUCUAGUCACUCCAGUCCGGCCGAUUCUGCCUCGACCACAUCGACCUCGUCGAUCAGCCGGAAACGGGAGACUAAGUCCAAGGGCAAAGGAAAGGCUUCCUCUAAACGCGAUCGCGGUUCCCCAAUUUCGCAGGGAGACUGAGAAAAGGAGAGCUAUAGGAUUAUUUCUCGAUCUAGAAUUAUUCUAGGGCGGCAACAAAGAAAUAUUGUACAAUAAUGUUCCUACGUGUUGUAAAUAACUCGAAAAUUAUGUAAAUUUUUAGAUAGUGAUAAAA